UCUUCGUUUCAUAAUAUUUUUAAAAUGUCUCGAUUUUAAUUUCAACACAAGAUUAAAUGUCACGUUCCUCAGUUAUUUCGCCUCUCUCUUAAAAAAGCGUGCUAAAAAGCAAAAAUAGCCCCUCCAAAAAGUAAAAUAUCCGUUGAUUGGAUUCGCUCCCCUCGUAUCUAACUUAACUCCCGUUCUUGUUGGUUUCACUUCCAGUUUCGGUUCUGUCUUAAAAACCCCUCCUUUUCUCUUUCUUUAAACACACAUGGCGGAUAGUUACUGGAGAUAUGCCGGCGACUCACGGCAGCCGCCGCCGCAGUCUAUGUCUUCUCUCACCGGAAAACGCCCUCGCAUCGAUUACGACAUCCCAAGCGGCCGUGACUUAUCCAGUUAUUAUUCCCGUGAUGAUGAUAGAGGGGCUCUUCAUGUAAUCAGAGAUUCAGACUCCAUCGGAGCAUCUUAUGACCGUUACUUGCGUAGUGGGACAGUUUCAUCUUAUGGUGGGGGACAGUCUGCUAGAGCCAUGAGUGGGGUGCCUAGUCAUCCUGUUGAUGACACACGCAUGGUGAGUAUGGGGCCCAUGGACCCUGGGGCUAGUGUAAAAGACAGGUCAUUGCGCAUGGGAAGUGGAAGAUCAGAGGUUUCCCUUCCUCCUGAUGCUAGCAGCACACUGUUUGUGGAGGGCUUGCCUUCUGACUGUACACGACGGGAAGUUUCCCAUAUCUUUCGCCCUUUUGUUGGCUACAAAGAAGUGAGACUUGUUAGCAAGGAAUCAAGACAUCCUGGGGGAGAUCCACUAGUACUCUGUUUUGUUGACUUUUUGAGUCCCGCACAUGCUGCCACUGCCAUGGAUGCAUUACAAGGUUAUAGAUUUGAUGAGCAUGACCGCGAUUCGUUCCAUUUAAGAUUGCAAUUUGCUCGCUAUCCUGGUGCAAGGUCAGGUGGCGGGCAUCGUGGCAAGCGUUGAAUAGCGCGGUCUGGCAGGACUUGCAAACUGGGGAAUGUAAUGGGGGAUGAUACCACAGCUUUGCAGUUUCAGGAAUUACAUGAAUAUCUGAAUCAGCACCUUUAGUAGUAUACACGUGAUCACGUGCUUUUUGAUAAUUAUUCUGCAAUUGUUAGCGACUCAGAUAAAGCGUGCUUUGUGUUAAAAAAAUGUGGGUUUUGUUUGUUUUGAAUUACUUAAGGUUGUCCCCCUAUGCAUAUUGGAGGAUACCAAUGAAUUUAUUUCUAGUUGAUCUAAUGAAGUCUAUCUGUGUUUGCCUA